UUUCUCUCUCCUCAUCCUCAUCCUCUUCCUCUCCCUUCUCGCCCAAGCUCCCACUCCCUUCUCUCAUGCCCUCCUGCCCAUAAACAAGCCCUCCUCCUCUUCAAAAACGCCAUUUUCUCACCCAGUAACUCUUCCAAGUCUGAAGACCCCAUUUCUGAUCUCUCUUCAUGGCUCCCUACCACCUCUUGUUGCAAAUGGCCUCGCAUAACCUGCAACUCUGCUCGCUCCGUUAAAGCGCUAGACCUCAGUUAUCUGGUUCCAUUACCAGUUCCCCCUUCUUUCAACCCCACGACCAGCUCCAUAGCCCCCCUCUUCACCAUUAAGACUCUGAUCAAACUCGAUCUCUCCUAUAAUUCUCUGGUGGGUUCUAUUGCAUCACUUUCUCUCUCUAACCUCACUAAGCUAGCCUACCUUGACCUGAGCUCCAAUAGCAUCAAUGGCUCGAUACCAGAUUGGCUAUUCUCUCUCUCCUCUCUCUCUUAUCUGGACCUUUCGGCGAACCAGCUAACUGGAACUCUCUCCCCCGCCAUUCAAAACCUCUUGAAGCUGAGUUUCCUCAGCCUCGACGAAAAUGAUUUGGAAGGCAAAAUCCCUGUCAAGAUUGGCAAUUUAACAGAGCUUCGCACUCUCUCUCUAAGGGACAACAAGUUUUCAGGUGAAAUUCCUGCCGCUGUAGGGGAUUUGACUAACCUUUCCUCUCUCUCUUUAAGCAAGAACCAACUUUCUGGUCAGGUUCCAGAGACUUUGGGGAAAAUUCGGCGACUGGAGACUCUACAACUCGAUGAUAACAAACUCUCCAGCGGUAUUCCGGCGUGGAUUUUCAGCUUAAGAGUCUUAAAAACCUUGAAACUUGGUGGUAAUCAACUUAUAUGGAAUUUGGACGGAAUUUCCCCUAAGUGUCAGCUUGAGAGGCUCUCGCUUAGGUCUUGUAAAAUGGCGGGAAAUAUUCCAAACUGGCUUUCAGGCCAAAAAAGCCUCAAUUUUUUAGAUCUCAGUAAUAAUGAUCUUGAAGGUGAAAUUCCAGCCUGGCUUCCUGAUUUAGAUGUUGGAAAUUUGUUACUCUCUGGCAAUAAAUUGACCGGAGAACUUCCUGGUUCGCUUUUCCAGUCUUUGAAGCUGUCGAUCUUGGAUCUUUCGAGCAAUGAUUUUAAUGGAAAAUUGCCUGAAAAUAUUGGCAAUGCAACAAAUAUUAUGAUUCUAUCAUUGAAUAACAACAAUUUCAGUGGACCUUUACCAGAAUCCAUGGCCAAAAUUCACAGGCUUUUGAUGCUUGAUUUGUCGGAAAAUGAAUUUUCAGGAGAUAAAUUUCCCGUGUUUGAUCCCAAUUCGUACUUAGCCUACGUUGAUAUGUCUGCAAACAAAUUCUCAGGCCAAGUUCCAACCAGUUUUGGUCGACAAAUGAAGGUCCUGGCUUUAGGGGGAAAUCUACUUUCCGGUGAGAUUCCGGCCAACUUGACUGAAAUGGACCAGUUAGAACACCUUGAUCUUCAGAAUAACAAACUUUCCGGUGAUUUUUCUGAAUGGAUCAUGAGAAUGUCAAACCUUAGGGCUCUAAACCUUGGGAACAAUCUCCUCGUAGGUCAGAUUCCGACCAAUUUGUACAACCUCACAAACCUCAGGAUCCUUGACCUUUCAGGCAACAGACUCGCCGGAAAUAUCCCUCCAUCUGUCGUAAAUCUCACUGGAAUGUCAUCUCUGCCCGGAACUCUGAACGAUGCCCUUGAUAUCUUCACUUUCCCCAUCGAUUUCCAGGAUGUGGUGAUUAACUGGAAGGGAACAUUUCGAUCUAUAGCAACUCGAACCCUAGAUUUCUACUUCAUCAUGGACCUAUCGGCGAAUCGGUUUUCCGGUGAGAUCCCAGCGGGUUUAGGCCAGCUAAAAGCCCUGAAGAUCCUGAACGUGUCUCAUAACCUUCUGGUGGGUCAGAUCCCAGCGAGUCUCGGCCAAUUAGAGGAGCUCGAGGGCCUGGACCUGUCAGACAACCAAUUUUCCGGGGAGAUUCCGGCCAGUCUCGGAAACCUGGGUUUUCUCACUCGAUUCAACGUCAGCAGUAACCAAUUAGUGGGUCAGAUUCCGAGUAAUCGUCAGAUGUUAACCUUCGGCCCUGAGGAUUUCGCGAAUAACAGUGGAUUGUGUGGUUCUCAGAUAGAGAAGCCAUGUGCCUUUGCAGAGAGCCCUAGGGUUCCUCUAGGGUUUGAUGGCAAUGGCGAUGCAGAAGACGACACUUCCUGGUUCGAAUGGGAAGGAGCAGGCAUAGGAUUUGCGGUGGCUUUCGUUUUGGCGAUUUUAGGGUCCAUAUGUUUCGGCCUUCCGUUCCCUGAAAUGCCGAAACGUUGGCCCCUUGAUCGAAGACUUCACGCUGCGAUAUUUCGGGGAUGAGGGAGCGGAUUUCGUCAAUACUUCGUCCCGACAUGUCAGAUGCCUUGCAAGUAAAACGUAGAAGCUUCUUGAGACCUUAGUAACUUUUUAGUUGAGGAUUUAGGGUAAUUCAGACUUUAGUAACUUUUGAGUCGAUAAGUGCAAAAAUAUGUGUAUUAAAGGCAUGGAUAAAUAAAAAAUAAACAUUGCAAGGCAUAUUUGCAGGUUGCGACCAACUAA